AUGUUUAAUCUGGUGCGUCUCUCCAAGCAAGUGUCUCCGUGGCGCAAUCGGCUAGCGCGUCUGACUGUUAAUCAGGAGGUUGGAAGUUCGAGCCUUCCCGGGGACGAUUUCUUUUUUUAUUCUCUAUUUUUGUUUUUCAAUCCUGCUCUUUUUUUACCGCUUUUUCAGCUACUAAGCUCUCUCUUUUUGCCCCUGAGAAAUCGAAAGCCUAGGAAUCACUUUUACCCUUGGAAUACGUAG